UAUGGCGGCGAUGCAACUUUGAGGGACACAUUACAUCAGCAAGUGGGCUUCUCCGCUUGACAGACGGAGAUAAAAUGGAAAAUUCAAAUGUCGGAGAGGAUGAAAGUUCUUCAAAAGAGUUUUUCUGCCUCAUGAGAGUGGGGAGAAAGUCAGACUGGCUGCAUUUACCCGAAAAUACCACGACCAGCGUCGGACGCAACUCGAUGGUAAAUUACCAGCUGGUGUCUUCAAGCUGUCCCCUGAUGAUCUCCAGGCUGCACUGCAUCUUCAGUCAAAAAUCAGGACGGUGGACAGUCAUGGACAACAAGUCUCCUAACGGCGUUUGGGUGAACAGGAAGCGUGUACCUCCACUUGAGCAUUUUCCGCUCAAGCUUGGAGACUCUGUACAGAUCGGAGUUCCUGUGGGUGGAGACCGAGUGGAGUUCGACUACGUCUUCACCCGGUGUCCACAGGAAGACAUGAAGUUCUGCAUGGCGAGGCAGACUAGUGAGACGAUUGUCAUCCAGGAAAACCUCAAGAGAAAGCGGGCAACCGAACAAGAAGAGCCGUCCACCUCAGAGCCGAAGCCCUCUUUAGACGAGUCAGUCUCAAAGCCUUGUCCUCUGUCUGUGAAACGCCGACGGCAGAUGAAACAGCUGCAGCAGCAACAGCAGGAGGAGGAGAUGGAGGAAGAGGUGGACAACACCUCUGACCUGGAAAAGCUGCAAAUGUACAGCCAGAACAUCCGGAUGAUGAGGGCUCAGGUAGCUCUGCUGGAAGGAAAGCACCGACACGGAGACUCCCUCCCAGCGGAGGAGGUCACAGUGUCGCGCGGCCUUCUGGAGAUGAUCCGCUCCAAAAUGCACAGGAUGGAAUUGUUAGAGAAGUCUUUCAAUGAAAGUAAAAAGCAGCUCAAGGAGCAGAAAACACAGCAUCAAGAGGAGCAUUUGAAAAAGCAGCUAGAAGAAGCCUUGCAAGAGCAAAAGAAGGUGAUGGAGGAACUCGCCGUCUCUCGACAAGGUUUCGAAGAAAUGCUGUCGGCCAAAAACAAAGAACUGGAAGUCACGAAGGAGGAAAAGGAAAAGGCGAGAGCGCAGAAAGAUGAAGUGGUGACACAAGUGACCGAAGUCCUGGAGAACGAGCUGCAGUGCAUCAUCUGUGCAGAACUCCUCAUCAAGGCCGUCAUCCUCAACUGUGCUCACAGCUUCUGCAGCUACUGCAUCAAUCAGUGGCGCAAGAAGAAAGACGAGUGUCCCAUCUGCCGGGAGGCCAUCCAGUCUCAGACGCGCUGCCUGGCGCUGGACAACUGCAUCGACGGCAUGGUGGAGAACCUGAGCGCCGAGAUGAAGACGCGACGGCAGGCCCUCAUCAAAGAGAGAUCAAGAGCAUCCAUGUUGCCACUUUUGUGCACGAUUCGUCAGAAGAGUCAAAACUGCGGGAACAAGGUGCCGCCUGUUUACUCUGUAAUGUGUCUUAUCUUUACACAGUACAGCCUCUGCAAACAGUGAGUUCAUCCUCUCCCAGGUAUUAAACCUCUUUCUUUGUUUUUGUUUUUCUUUUCCCUCCUCUGUUUCAGGAGUUGACCUCACACCUUCAUCCACGACUGAAGACGUCAGUAAACCGCAGCGUCAGUUGAGAAUUAGUUUAAUUGUCACACUGUCACUUUUAGGUUUACAGUUCGUUUUUUUUUUUUUUCCAUUUCUCUCAGAUGUUUCCUCGAGGGUUUGGGAUUUAGAGCUCAAAGGUUGUUUUCAACUGAGCUCUUUGUACUUGUAUGUAUUUUUGUUGUGAAUUAAGCUAAAGAAAGGUUUCUGACCUGAAUUUUCAGCCGUUUCUGCAGGUUCUGAUGGUUUAAAGUUAAAUUUCUGUGAGAUUUAAGAUUCUGUCGACAUGAACUGACUUAAUGUAUAAUUUUUUUUAAUAAAUUUAUGAUAUAUAUUUUUGCCUCUAAUAAAUCAGUUUUUUUCAUGUUUAUCUUAAUUUAAAUAGACUGUAGAUAGGUUGUAUUUUGUUUGUAUGACUUUUUACUCCACUUCUUUUUGAAACCUUCACACAGAAAGCAAACAUUUUUUUGCACUUCCCAAAACAAUAAAAAUGAAUUUCCUCUCUUGAUCUGACGGCUUCUCCUUAAAGGGGCAGUUUGGGAUGCGAGUCAUGCCUCUGUUGAACACUAGGUGGUGGUGUUGAGUCGGCUUCAAGUGAGGAUGUUGGACACCCCAACUGUGUGGCUGAUCUCUACACUACCAUGUCAUGCCAGAUGCUCUGAAUAUGAUUUGGAAAUGCUUAAUUAAAAACCUUUUUAAAAUUGAAAAAUCAAGUUUUUCUCUAAGUUGUAAGCGUUCUCUUUUUUUAGCUGUAUUUAUCUUUGACUUUUACGACUUAAACUGUAAAAUUCUUAAAUAUAGGGUUUCAAAUAAUGUUUAUGCAGAAAAUGAAUGUUUUCAUUGUAUUGUUAAAUAAACUCACUAGUC